AUGUCACAGCAGGGCGCGAAUAAAUCAUUUAUGGAUGAUCUGGAUUCUUUCAUCGACAUGGCCCGGGAGGUUGUCGAGGUAGCACCAGCAGAUGAUCCUGAUCGCAUCAUCUGGCUACACGAGCUGGGGAAUACUCUAUGUCGUCGCUUCACCGUAACUGGGGGACUCGCUGAUCUCGAGGAUGCAAUCAAUGUGGGGCAAGAAGCAAUCGAUACCGCUCCAAAUGAUUACAUUCAUCGAGGCGCUCUCCUGGACAGCCUCGGUGUUCACCUGGCGAUUCGAUUUGCCAAAACUGGAUCACUACCUGAUCUCCAACGAGCUAUUCAAGUCACACGGCAAGCGAUCGAUGUGGUAGUAGACUCAGAUAAUGAUAGAGCCUUCCGGCUGACGCACUUGGCAAAUCACCUUGGAGAGCGCUACGAGCGAACAGGGUCUUCUAUAGAUCUUGAAGAGGCGAUAGAGGUGGCCCAGUCAGCCGUAGACAUGACUCCGCUCGAUAGUUCCAAGAGACCAGGGCGGUUGAAUACUCUUGCAAACCAGCUUCACGAACGAUAUGGAAGAACCGGGAUUCUUGAAGAGCUCAACAAAGUUAUUGACAUCUGUCGUGGCAUCACCAAAGCUGCUACAGAGGGCUCUCCCGAUCAAGCUCUCUUCAAGUCCAACCUUGCCGGUCAUCUUGGAGACCGCUAUCUCAGGACAGGCGACACGAAUGACCUUGAUGAAGCAAUACAACUCGCACAAGAGGCAUUGACCACCCUGCCGCCAGGCCAUACAGAUAUCCCUAGCCUAUCGAGUAACCUCUCCAUCUGGCUUGCGAAACGGUAUAUACGAAAUCGGGAAACAACCGAUGUUGAGGAAGCCAUCAAGAUGGGGCACCAAUCUAUUGCCGUCGCUCAACCUGGAAACCCUAGUCUAGCUCAGUACAUGAGUAACCUUGCAGAUUGUUACUGGAAUCGCCACACUUUGACUAAUUGCACGGAUGACUUCGACGCUGCCGUGAAUCUCUAUCAGUCUGCUCUGGAUCACUCCAACUCCAACAUCCAAACAAGAAUUGCAGCUGGAAAAUUUCUCUUUGAAACAUUUGCACAUGCCUCUCAAUGGCAGCAUGCUCUUGUUGCUUCUCAAACAGCCUUCGGCCUACUACCACAACUGACACCGAGGUCCCUUGGCUUCGUCGAUAAGCAACGUAUGCUCGGUCGAAUAGUAGACCUUGCUUGCGAUACCGCAGCCGUGGCACUUCACGCCGGCAAAGAACCUUUUUUCGCGCUAAGCGUACUGGAGAAAGGUCGCGGGAUACUCGCUGCAGCAAUUGAACAAAUUCGCGUUGAUGUUCUCGAUCUAGAGCAGAGCCAUCCUGAUCUCGCAGGGCGAUUCCUGGAACUCAGCCAAGUGCUCGACGCGCCUAUCCAAGGUGGCGAUUCAGUUUCAGCUCAGGCUGUCGCAAACCGCCGAGCCGAGGCAAGUGUCGAAUUAGAACACCUCAUUGAUGAGAUUCGGAAACGUCCGGGGUUCAGUGACUUUCUGGAAUCGCCAAGCGAAGAUGACAUUCGAGCUGCGGCCAGUUUAGGACCUAUCGUGAUUAUCAAUCUAAGCAAGUUUCGCUGCGAUGCCAUUCUAGUCGAACAACAUCAAAUUAGGUCCCUGCCGUUGCCCGAUCUGACUAUUGACAAAAUGAAUGAGAAAGAGAGUCAAGGUUCAUUGACGAGUCCUUCCAUUCUGAAAUGGCUUUGGGAUAUUGCCGCCGACCCUAUUCUCCAGGCACUCGGUAUUCGGGGCCCUCCACCAGACGAUGACUGGCCUCACAUCUGGUGGAUUCCAACUGGCGGACUGAGUAGGCUUCCAUUCCACGCCUUCGGACAUCAUUUCCCAGGAUCAACCGAGGCAGUACUGGAUAGAGCCAUCUCAUCGUACAGUUCAUCCAUUCAAGCACUUAUCAAUGGCCGAAAGCUUCGCUCAGAUUCAGCCAAAGAUGAAGCUCUCUUAGUAGCCAUGGAAGAUACGGCGGGGCAGAUCAAGCUUCCAUUCGCCAAAGAAGAGGUAUCAGCUAUCGCUAACCUCUGCAAGUCAAUGAAUCUUGAGUCAUGUGUUCCAGAUAAACAUAAGCAAGCUGUCUUGGAAGAGCUUCAAAACUGCAAAGUCUUCCAUUUUGCUGGCCAUGGCAAGAUGGAUGGCAACCCUUCCCAAAGCGGACUGCUUCUGACCGAUGGCAUAUUGACAGUAUCUGAACUUAUGGAUAUCAAUCUUCGGAAACAUGCUCCGUUCUUGGCAUAUCUUUCUGCUUGUGGGACAGGCCAAAUUGGAGGGGAUGCUUUCUUCGAUGAGAGCAUCCACCUGAUCAGCGCAUGUCAACUAGCGGGAUUUCGGCAUGUGGUUGGUACACUCUGGGAAGUCAGCGAUAAGUCAUGUGUUGAAAUAUCACAGACUGUGUACGAGUCGAUAAGAGAUGAAGGGUUCUCAGACAGAUCUGUUUGCUGGGGUCUGCACAAAGCUAUGAGGCAGCUCCGAGAUACGUGGCUAAGUACACCAGAGCAACGUCUGGACCGGAUGGUCAGCAGUGAGAGAGAAGAGAUAUGGUCAAGAGACAUUCUUUCUUGUGAUGAGGGUGAUGAAAAGAUGGAGAAACUUUUCUGGGUCCCCUUUGUUCAUUUUGGAGGAUAA